AAAAGCACCGCUGAGAACAGGCUCUGCGUCUAGUCAUUCCCAGUGACAGCCACCAAAAAGCCGAGGAGCUGCUCUUCCAAUGAAGGAAGCAUCCUGAUCCGAUACAAUGCUGAAAAACAUACUGCAAGCUCCCUGAAGCAUCAUGGAAAAGUCUUGGAUUAGAAGUGAUCAGGAUCAUAACAUUUGAAACUGGACAAUUAAAAUAUGAACCCCUCAGAUUCCUUCAAGCAUGAUACACUCCUCUGGGCAAAAUAUGACAGUGAUGCAGCGCACGAUUCAGGACAAACUGAUGGGGUUUUGCAUCCCCUUUAUCCCUGGCAGAAUGAUAAGCUGUCUUUUCAAGUAGUUGUGCUCAGUCCCACGCGGUUGUGUUCUAUACUGUGGGGAGAAGUUUUCCUUUUUUUUCCAGGAGCCCCAUGACUCUCUCCCGGGUUGUUCACCCAGGGUGAGGCUUCGUUUUGCCCCCGGCAGCGGCUCAUCAAAAGGGCUCUCGCAGGGGCACCGCACUUGGAGAAAGAAAAUCCUUCACCUGAAACAACCGAUGUGGCUUUCGUCUCGCACGGCUUCCCCACCUCCCCUUGCCCCGCUCAACAAUGGUUUUGUUAAUUAGCUGCUAAUUCCCGGAGGCUGAGGAGGCGGGGACGGGUCUCCCAGCCCUCCCCCGGGCUGUGGGGCGGGCGCAGGGAGGCUGCGGCCGUUGGAUGAACCGCCGGCCCGCGGGAGGAGGGGAGGCGCGCUGGAAUCUGUCCGAGAGACGCUUAGAUCUGAGCUGGGUUCGGGGAGACGGAGCAGCGCUUCAGCUUCCUUCGUACGGGGCUCAACUGAAGCAAAGACCUCUUGGCAUCCUUAUCGUCAACGCUACCGUGCGGGAAUAAGCUACCGAGAGGCUGCCAAGGACAGCCUGGAGAGUCCUGAUAAAGGGCGACGACUUCUGUCCUCUCCUCUCCGGUUAUUUAAAGAUAAAAAUACCCGCGCUGCUGAUAACUGCAGUAUUUAAGGACUGUUGAAACUGAGAAUCAAACAACAAAAUCCGACACUCUCUUUCACCUGCAGCAAAACAGACUUGGCUUGGAAAAUAACAAAUGAAAAUGAUGGAGAGAGGUGAUGAUUUGCAGCAGCAGGUCUACCAGUCAUGAAACGAAUUCUUCUGUUUUUUAUCCUGGCUGCUGCUGUCAUGUAUGUUAUACUGCAUGGAAAUCUGUGGAGAAAUAACCUCUACUGGAUUAGCUUUUAUGGACAGACUUCUUCUGUGAGGGCUUCUACUUCCUGUGAGACUAGUGGAGUUACCCAGCUGCCACCUACGGCUGUGGAGAGAAGAAACGUGCUGGACGCUUGUCUCCUGAAACCAGCGUUUGAAUCUUUACUGGAUGCUGAGAAAACAUACCCGUUCCUGUGUGCUAAUGAUUUUCUCAGAGUGGCGGAGUUUCACGGGAGCGAUAAGUUUGAACUACCUUAUGGAAUAAAGAGAGCAGAGCAUUUUUUUCACUUAGCCCUUUCAAGACUGCAAAACUGUGGACUUUUCAGUGAAGAUGACAGUGUUGCUUGUCGACGGUGUGUUGUUGUUGGUAAUGGAGGAGUACUUCGGAAUAAGACGUUGGGGGAGAAAAUAGACUCAUAUGAUGUGAUAAUAAGAAUGAAUAAUGGCCCUGUUAUAGGGUAUGAAGAGGAUGUUGGAAGGAGGACGACUUUCCGCCUUUCGUACCCAGAAUCCAUCUUCUCGGAUCCGAUUCACUAUGACCCCAAUACAACUGUUGUUCUUGUUGUCUUCAAACCACGUGACUUGAAGUGGCUUUGGGAGAUACUAAGUGGUCAGCAAAUAAGUGCUAAAGGCUUUUGGAAGAAACCAGCUCUGAACAUGAUAUACAAAUCUACUCAAAUCAGGGUUCUUGAUCCCAGCAUCACCAGAAAAACGGCUUAUGAAUGGCUUCGUUUCCCAACAAGGUUUCCCAAAAAGGAAAAACCCAAGCAUCCAACAACGGGGCUAAUUGCCAUUACACUAGCAUUUCACAUAUGCCAUGAAGUUCACCUGGCAGGCUUCAAGUAUGACUUCACUGACAGAAACAGUUCUUUGCACUACUACGGCAAUGACACGAUGUCUCAGAUGAUACAGAAUGAAUACCACAACAUCAAUGCUGAGCAGAAAUUUUUGAAGAAGCUUAUAGACAAGAACUUUGUGGUCAAUCUGACGUGAAAGCUGAAUGGAAAUAUAAGGAACAAUAGCUAUUUUAAAGGUUCUAAUAAUUUUUUAUUUUUUGUAUGACAUUUUUAUUUUUUAAGUGCAGCAUAACUGUUUACUGUUUAAAAGGAUCACAGAAGCCUCACCAAAGCAGAAGCUGCUUCUAAGCCUGAGGGUAACAGACUAUUGCAAACAGAGUAAACUGAAUUUCUAUGAAGCUAUUUAAUAAUGGGAAAACCAUGAAACUCCCAACUGAAAGUAUCAGGGAUAUAGAAAAAUGUGAUGCGUAUCACUUAUUUAUCAGUAAGAACUUUCCACGUGAUUAUUUCUCUGCAAUACUUUUGAUUCUGGUAUUGUCCUCAGAAAGAGUAACACCGUCAAGAGACUGAGGUGACAAGUAUUUAAUUAGUUGUUGGAUGUAAAAUCUUUAAUAUCUGUCUUGUAGUAUGAAAAUGGCUUUAAAAUGAUAUCUAUAAGUCAUUAGUGUGUGUCUGGGAGAAAGGCAAACGUACAGUGUGUACAGAUUUUGGUCUGCCCUACUCCUGAGAAGGGGACAUCCAUUUUCAGCAAAGAAGGCACAGCUUCUACACUGGCCAUCGACUCUGAAGAGCUGCCUGCCUUUGCCAGUGGUGAAGACCCUGUGGUCUCAUUUGUGGAGAUGUUGGUAUUGACGAUGCUUGUGUUUACCCAGUUUAUGGAAAACCACCCUUCCCGUGCUGUUUACUCUUGGUGACUUGACUUAGGAAAGAGGGUGGAUGAAGACUGAAGAGUUGUCCUAACUAUCUGCCUGUCAGCUGCUUCCCCAGACCACAACAGGAGCGUGAUCUAGGACAGAGAUCUUCAUACCUGAGUUUAAGUUUAGAUCUGUUGAAUCCUUAGAUCUCCAGGGCAGGAUCUCAUGUAUGUUUCUGUUCACUCAUCAAGAAUUAAGAUAUAUUUUCCAAGCCAACAGUCUCCUAUCUUACAUGCUGUAACGUGUUUCUAUCCUUGAAAUGCAUCAAUAUGAGCAAUGUAUGUUCCCAUUUUUGGCCACAGAGAAGCCAGGGAACAUCCAAGAAUACCUCAGCUGAAUUAUCAUUUGGCUUCUGUUUACCUCUGCUGUCUUGACUUUUAGUUUUAAAGGAUGUGGUUGAACUAAAUGAUUUAGCAGUGGGAACUUACUCAGGAUUUUAAUUGAAACAUUUAGUGGGAUGUUGCUGUUUCCUGUAUCGGUUUGUCUCAGACAAGCCUGCUGAAUAUGUUAAAUCUGCCUGGGAAUGCCCUUGAUAACUGUCAAGGAAUAACAAUUGAUAUGUUGUUCCACUUGUCUCACAGGGUGUCUAUAUAUAUAUAUGUAAUUUUUUUUAAUUGUGGCCAAUUUGCUAGGAGAACUUAUGGUUAUCUUGAUCAGUCACACCUAAAGAAAGCACAAAGAAGUCUACUUCAAAAACAAAAUCUUCAAAGUUGGUAGAAAAACCUUUUUGCUGCUUUUUAAUAAAGUGAUAGAGCUUUAGUAUGUUUAGGAGCAGUGGAAACAAUUACGAUAUGAAUACAAACCUCUAACAGGUCAAGAGCACAGUAUUAUGUGUUUUCCGGAGCUGAGGAUUAGAAGAGUGCAGAACACAACUUCUUUGCUGCAGCAGUGUAGAGGAACAAGCAUUGAAGAAGUCAUUUUUUUUUUUUUUCCUCUUGCUUUUGCAGAGUGUAAUAGGUAUUUAAAAACCAAACCAAACCAACAACUUUUAGAAGUUCUCAUGUCCAUUUUUAGCUCCUUGGCUCUACUUUUUCAGAAUUGGGGCAGUGUGAGUUGGAGAGGAGCCACAGCUGAAGGGGAGGAGUGUUUUCACUUAACUCCUGAGUUUUGGUCACUUUCAAUCAAACUGGAUGUAUCUGAAAUAAGUCCAGAUAUCAUAAAAAUCUGGGGCAAGGAAAGACCCAGAUGUGUCCCCAGCAAGGCAAAGGCUAUGCUGUGGUGUCCUGCUAUCUGGAUGUGUGCCCCUUGGGCUCAGCUCCUGCAGGUUGUGCUGCAGAGGGUGGCCCCUUGUCCAGCUGUGUGCAGGGCAGCAGGUGGGAGUUUGGGGGAGAGGGGACUGCAGGAGGUCCUGGGGCACCAUAGCAGGUGACUGGUGGUGGAAAACAAAUUUGUUGAAACAAGAAGUGCAGGAAAUAAUAAUUUCUUUACUAGGUGGCAGAAGGGCUCUUACAGAGUUUUGUGGUUCCUUUUAUUUUCUUUCUUUUAAGCAUGCUUGUUUCUCACGCUUUGAGGACAUCUUUGCUUAAAAAUCUGAAUACAAACUGGUGAGGGUUUGCAUUGGAAAACAGCGACACUAUUGUCUUUGUCUCUACCUCCUAUUUAUUUCUCAUAAUUAUUUCAGUUAAUUUAAGAAGGUUCGUAUGUGACUCUGCAGCCCCAGACCUGCAGUGAUUUAGACUACUGACCAUAGCAAUUCCACGUGGAAAAAAAAAAAGCCAAGGUAAGUCUUUUUGCAAAGGUCAUGGUGUUGUCUGAGCUCUCCUUUUGUAGAAAUCCCUGGUAGAUCACAGACUUUGAAAGCAGAGCCUGGCAAAAGCACAGGGGUGUCUCUUCUCCCCCACAAAACCCACAGUCACUCCCAGAGCUGGUCUCCUUAGCUCUCCCACAGGCUGCCAACAGAGAUCCAGCUGCAUCCAUGUACCUUCUUGCAGUACACUGACUGUGAGGUUUUUUCUGGGAGAGCUGUUGAAUUUGCUCUCUCCUCACAGUGCCUGGCUCUUGUGAUAGUGCAGGCUGCUUCCUUCUUCUUCUCCACCGCUGUCCCUGGUGGCAGGAGGUGGGUAUGGAUUUCUGCUUUUGAGGAUGUGGUUAUUUUCUCUUCAGAGAUAUUCUUCCUGCUAAGUAAACUGAUUCCGUCUAAUUUUCCUGGAAAGUUUUCCUUUGAAAGGCUUCAUUUGAAACAAAUGGUAUCCCCCAAACUUUUUACUUAGAAUAGUAACAUCAAUGUUUUUUUUCCUCUCCUAAGAUUUAUUUUUUUUACUAUUUUAUUUUCGAUAAUGUGUUUUGAUAUUCUCAGUGCAUUUGAUAUGCUGACUACAAGCAUUUAUCCCUAUCAAUUAGUCCUUUUUAUUUGCUCUUAGUAAGCCUCCCCAUUUGUAUGACUGACUUCCUUCUGGAAUUAGGCAGUACUCCUAGGAAUAUUUUUCUCCCACUUCUGUGCUCCUGCAGGGAUGUUGAAUCUCUGAGUGCUGAGGUUGCUCUUGCAGGGUGGUUGAGUAACGUUUAGAGCCAGACCUGGUCACUCGGGACUGAACCAAGGGUAGAUACCAUAGAUAAACCACAGGGUGCUGGUUUUACAGGCCAGUAGCUUUUCUCCUCAAUCAUAAGCAGUGAGCCAGGUGAUUGAUCCCCGCCCCCAAGAUGUUUUUAUAGGAUUCUGUGUACACCAGCCCUUGUCACUCACUUCACAUGGUCCUUUCUGCUACUUUGCCUUGAGCGUAGGCAUUGCUUUUACACGAAAUUUGUGCAGGCAAGAAUAACUCUAUAUAGUGUGUUUCUCAGUAAUGCCCGGAGAUCAGUGUCUGUUCACCUGGACACGUGUUUUCACAGGUGUUUUCCAGUACCAAAGACUUGCCUUGGGACUUUAGGACAAAAGCAAUAAUGUGAACUCCAAAUACUUAGAUCCUUUGUGAGAGUGAGCUGCUAUUAAGAUUUUCUUUUUCCAUUUUUGAUGUUCCUGAAAGUGAAGUCUCUGCACUGAAAUUUUCCUUCAAAAAUUACCCCCCCCUUUUUUUUUUUUCAGAUCUUCAUCAUCAGCAAAGCUGUCAAAUUUUGAACACCACUGUGCUCCGAGCUUUAUUUGUGUUUCUAGUAAUGGUGUAACUAUAUAGGUACCCGGUGUCUUCCAUAAAUUUUCUGCCUGUAUUAAUUGCGAAGUCAGAUUGUUUUAUCCCUUUUUCCCCUGUUCUGGUCUCCAGCAGCCUUCUGAAUUUCCAGACAGCAGCAUACAGCUUGUUUUUUCUGCUACCCCUCUCAAAAUGCUACACGAUUAGAAAGACUCUCCUCUAAGGUACAAGAGGGGACACAAAAUGAGCAGGAUUACAUGCAUCAGCUGAAAGCUCUAUUUAGCUUAGAUUUUAGGGUUUUUUUGUUUGUGUUCUCUUGGGGAGGUAUUUUGUCCUCUGCUGCAAUAAUUAGGGAAAGUACAGAGAUACAAAUUAAAAGGAAGGUCACAAACUGUUGCACUAAAUAAGAGUCUUAAGUGCCUAAAAGACAUCACUAAAUGACAUUUCCAGUGACUGUAUUGGUGAUAAUAACACAGAAUCAUAACUUUGGUGUUGAACAUUUAGUGUGUGGUACCUCUUGUUUCCUAUGCCACACUUUCCUCUAUAACAAUGCUGUGGGAAGGAGGUGGUAUAAAUACCUUAACUUUUAAGUGGAAUCAUACAAAGCUCAACAUUUAGUUUUGGUAUCAGCAAAUACUUAUUUUAUUUGCCAUUUGUCUUAAGUUUUAUAUGCCUUUAAAGUGCCAGCUGUAUUUUGAAGACGUUCUUACUGUUGUUUCAAAUGAAAUUUUCAAUGCUACAAAUGGAAAGAGAUUAUUUUCCUGUGAAUAAAUUUUGUUAAAGACA